GUGGUGUUGUGGACGAUUUAAAAUGUUUGAAUGAACUGGGAGCACGUUUCACUUGUUCUGACUCUGACUUUUUUUUUCCCCGCCCUACCCCCUCCAAUUUGCGGUCAGUGUUAAUUGGCGCUGAGUGAGGUUUCCCCUCGGGACCGUGUUGAACACUCUCCCUCUGCACCUCCCCGCGGCUGGGCCGGUGGUUCUGGCUACUAGAGCAGCGGAUCGGCGGAGCCGGAAUGGAGCGCGCGAGGAGAGAUUUGUGUGAGAUUCAUUCCAGGUUAUUUGAUCAUCGACCCAUCAUUCAGGCAGAAAUUCGCUAUUUCAUUAAAGAGUUUGAGGAGAAGCGUGGAUUUCGAGAACAAAGAGGGUUGGCAUGUGUGAACAAUUUGAUCAUCAAGCUCAAUGACCAGGUCCUUCCUCAAACUCAAGAAUCGAUGAGCAGCAAUAUUCUGAGUGUCCUUGCCAAAUUGGAAGCUGCAAAGCAAAUUACCAACAGGAUCCAACAGAGGGAGCAGGAAGAAGAUCAGAAUGAUCGGCUGCAAGCCAAUAGAGAAAGGCGCAAGGCUGAAUGGGAAGCCUUUGUGAUUGAACAGCACCGCAAAAGUGCAGAGGUGGAUGAGGAACAUGUGAAAGCAGCGGAAUGGUUGAAAGAACAAUAUGUGAGAAUGGAAAAGGACUUGGCAAAGUUCAGGACUUUCUGACUUCACAAUGUCAUUUUUGGCCUGUGCCCACAGCUGACUACGGCUGUUGAAAGUGAUGAUGACAUUCAAUAUCUUCUAAACCUACCUGCUUAUUCGGGUGUGUAAAGAAAUAUAACACUUAAAAUAAUGUCAUUCUUCAAAUAGUCUAUAUUUGGUGCCUGCAAUGCAGAUUUUAAAAUUGUUUUGAUUCUGUCAACAGAAGAGAUUAUACAGAAUUUUCCAUCAAGUUGCAUCUGACUCCUAAAUAUUUACAAAUUAGCUGAGUGAGAAAUGAUAAUAUUUCCAUAAGCUUUAUCACCAACAUCCUGAAGGGCUUUGUAAUUAUUUUUAAAAGGCAGUGACUGUUAAUAUGUAAAUAGCUUAUGAUUAUGAUUUAACUUCAAAUUGCAAUAAGAUUUUUCAAUACUUUAGAAUCUGUUCCAUGUUUAAAUGUUCUGCUGAAUUUAAACUUUGAAAAUUUAUAUGAUCCUUAUUUCCAAGAUAUUAGAACAUAAGUGAAAAUAUGAGCUUAUGAAAGGAAUUGCCUGUGAAUUUAUGGCUUAUUGUUAAGCCACAUUCUUGGCAGCAUGUUGAAAUGGUGAUUAAAGUACUGGAGCAGAUGGAAUAAAUAUUUUAGAUUAGUUUUGAUAACACUGAGCCAAAGCCAAGUUUUUCAUCUACCACAGUGUUUUGACAGCCUCAUCGAUCACCUGCUGGUACCCAGAGUAAAAACACUACCAGCACAUAGUCGCUUGGGGUGUUAGGAGCCCACUAUUGUGUAACUUGAGAUAAAAGCAAAAGGUUUGGGGUUAUUUAACUUUGUCGUGUCAGUGAGGGGGCUGGAGGGAAAUGAGAAUCCUUAUUCUCUUGUUGAGCUUAAAGAGCUCUCUUAGAAACUUUAACAGCAAGACUGAAAUGUGAAACCCUGACUCGAAGCAGGUGGAAGUUCUUUCAGACUUGCUGUUCAACUUGCUCUGUACUCCUAAAAUGUUAUGAAAAAUACCUAGUGGUAGUCCUUUUGAGUGUAAUUCAUUCAGUCAAGCACCUGUCAAACGGAAUGGGAAGAUUCCUGUUGUGGCAUCUUUUUAUUGGUCCAGAGGGUUUCAAUAAACAAUGUUAAGUCUCUGUGUUAAAUUAAUUAUCUGAAAUUUGGCUGUGAUUAAUUUCCCAAGUUUGAAAAUUGAGCUACCCUAACCCAGAUGUGGAGUUGGCCCUGAAUGAUUGACAACUCUGACCCAGAUGUGAUAUUUGCAUCUGACUGACUAAGUCCAGGCUUUGUGUCCUAUCAAAAAGAUGUUGACAUUGAAUCAAUAGCUUGGGUGAUUUCCAGACAUUCCUCACUCAACUGGCUUGUGUCUCUGUCGCUUGUAAAAACUAAGAUCCUUUGAAAUAACAAUUAAAGGAUGUGUUUGAAAUCUAAA